AUGUCAAGAUCUAUCUAUCUAUCUAUCUAUCUAUCUAUCUAUCUUCUUUUUCACAUGUUAAUAUCUAUCUAUCUAUCUAUCUAUCUAUCUAUCUAUCUAUCUUCUUUUUCACAUGUUAAUAUCUAUCUAUCUAUCUAUCUAUCUAUCUAUCUAUCUAUCUAUCUUCUUUUUCACAUUCUCCGUCUUUUCUUAUCUAUCUAUCUAUCUAUCUAUCUAUCUAUCUAUCUAUCUAUCUAUCUAUCUAUCUAUCUAUCUAAAACUACAUCGUCUUUCCUUAAACAAAACAAAAUGGAAAAGAGAACCGUGGCUGAGCGCCUUUACCUAACCCGUCCUCCGUACUAUUUGCUCUCCUCCUCCUCCUCCUAUCUAUCGUUUUACGACGCAUCCGCCAUUUAUCUUUUUCUAUUCUCCUUGUCUCAAUCUGUUCUUAUCUCUUCCCUUGGUUCUUUCAGCCUCUCUUCUUCUCCUCCUCCUCCUCCUCCUCCAACUAAAGUCCCCUCCCCCACCUUUUCUUCUAUUCACCACAUUUCAACCUGCUUCGACAUAUCUCUAUUAUAUUUUGCUUCUCUUCCUGGUCUUCACUCUCCCUCUUUCCAACUCUUUCCCAUUCUUUGGUAUUUGAAUUCUUUGCAAGCUCAUCAAUAA